UAGAGACCCAUACGCCUCACGUAUGGUCUUAUGAUUAGUCCACUCUACUACCGCCACCUGUACUUCGCUUUGUACGGGUAUUAAAUUAUGCAUAAUAAUUUGGUAACUGGCAACAAAAGUCCUAAGGCGUGUUCCCGUAGAGACGGCUGUCAACAAACUUUUGAAUUGUUUUUAUAUUGAAAUUUUUUUAAAAGAAAGUAUUUUUAAUGUAGAAAAGAAGUUAACUUAAUAAAUCUUUCGUAAUCUAAUAAAUCGAAUCUGUUUAUAGACUUCAGUUUGAUUAAUUUCUAAUAAGAAUAAAGGAAAAAAUGGGUAUUAUCUUACUUAUUGUGUCGUGGAUGAUGUUCUUAUUUUCAUUGAUUGAUGGUGCUGAUGUUCCUGGGGUUCCAGAUGACAGAAAAUUGAAAACUAAAAUUAGCCGGGGAUCUGGGGUUGGUGUUAUACCAUUUGGAUACAUUGUUCUAGUACUUAUUGCCUUUGCACUGUUUGUUUUCUUGAUGGGUUUGGCAUUGUUUUAUAAGAGGGAAACUGGAAUAUUUGGCAUAUAUUCUAAUUAUCUGAAAGCAAAGAAAAAACCAUUCAAUAUUGAAGGAUCAAUACGUGGAAAGGAAAAAACAUUGUUUCUUAGCACUCCAUAUUAAGGGUUUUCAGGGCAGUUUCAUGUAUACA